CUCCAAGGCCUUCCAUACAUCCCUAGCAGAUUUGAGUCUGACCAUAAAGUUUCGAACUGCUAAGGAUAAUUUUGCAACGAUCAAGCUCUUGACUAGCCUAUCUUCUUGUAACCAAAUUGCCAAUAGAGGAUUUUGUUCUUCCUUGCCAUCUGAGGACAACCUUGUAGCUUUAAGGGCCUUUGAGUCAAAGAGAACAUGAUCCCCCAUGGAGAUUCCUUCAAUUAGUGGAAGGAUCUGAUCUUGCCAUGAGAGGUAGUUCUUUGAAGUCAGUUUUUCACUAACCAUGGCAGAGAUUUGGGCAAUGGUAGUAAUAGUAAGGGAAGUAGAAUUUGUCAAGGAGGCCAUUGAGAGUAGAAGGGAAAAAUGCGCAAAAGAUUAUUUCCUGUGCUCUGAUACCUUAAAAAGCCCGCUUGCUGCACCAGCCCUGCACGCUGCGCCUGCGCCCCUGCUCCCUGCUCUUGCGCCCGGCCUUGCUCUGCACUUUCCCCUCUGCACCCCUGGCCUCUGUGCGCCUGAUCCUGCACUCUGUGCCUCUGCCCGCGCCCAACCUGUGCCCCUGCUCCCUGUUCUGGGCCCAGAUCGCCUACACUCUGUGCCUAGAUCACCGGCAAUCAUACCCCCUACACACCGGCAAUCAUGCCCUUGCACGCCCCCUACACCCCCUGCUGCUGCACCGAACCAGCCCUUGCCACCUACGCCCCUGUACUGCUGCAUCGAGCCUGCGCCUCCUACACUCUACGCCCCAAUCCCAUGCCCCUGCCUUCUGCACACUACAACCAUACAGAAAAAAUAGCAAUGCCAGACAAAAUUGGCAUCAUUGGUGAUUGACAGAGCAGGGCCUUUUUUUCCAUUUUUAUUUUUAUUUUAUCAGUUGGGUCUAUAUAUAGAGCAAAAGCAGAGUACAGGAAGGGGGGAGGUCUUUUGGUUGAGUUUGGAGUUUGAUUUUGGAGGGUCCUUGGUUGAUUUUUGGAGUUUGAUUUUGGGAGGUCUUUGUGGGGGUUGAUUUUCAUAUUUGGUUUUUUCUUUUUUUUUUUUUUAAGUUUUCUUUCGGUUUUUCGCUUCUGGGUUCUGUUUCUUUUCUGGGUUCCAUUUUCUUCUUGUCAUUGUGUAAGAAAAAAAAAAAGGAGAGAAGCAGAAGACAGAAGUCCGAAAGAGGGAGGGGCAUUUCUUUUGUUUUUCUUGGUUUUGGGGUUUUCUUUUUUUUUUCCCUUUUGUCUGAGUUUGGUGUUGACGGCAGAGAAAGAAAAGAGGAGUACUCCAGUUAUAGCAGGAAUUUCCCCGUUCCUAGGUAAUUUUCCGGAACUGAGGGACUUCGAGAGGGGUGGAGUAGAGCUUGAUCCCGUGGGUGGGGUUCCUCUGUUCAGAUCUAGAUCCAUUUUUCUCCUGAAAUCUCGGUUUUAGAUUUGUUAUUCCUCUAUGAUGUAUUGUUCUGGUGAUUGAUGUUGAAAAUCUAUGCAUAAUCGUUGAGAAAUGUACGAUGGAUUUGCUAUGAUGCUAUGAAUAUUUGUGGAAUCUGGAUUUGAAUGCAUAUUCUGUAGAAAUGUGUUUGGAAUU